AUGGCUAUGCAGACUGUCUAUUUCAAGGAACAUGAAGGGAUUACUAAUCCCAUGGGGCAGCUGUCAUCAGCAUUGUCAGGACCUUGGUGGAGUGCCUUCGGAUCUCAACCAUCUUAUGGAGAAUCCUGUGGCCAGUCUAAAACUUUUACCAUGGAACACCCCAGUAGUGGGGACCAACUCACUGCCACUAAACUUACAGGGCGAGGUACUGAACAAGGACUCGAUAAAGGGAACACAAAUCAGUUCACUAUCUUUCCUGGUAAUCUCCUCCUUUACUUUUGA